GCAUAACACAUACAUACAUCCACACAAGCCAACAGCAGAUAAUAUUCAAUCAUAUAUAUGGUAAUGGCUAUAAUGUAAAACACAGGAUCCAACAGUACCGAGACCCAAAAGUGCGAUGAUUAACCGCGACAUCGACUCGAAGAGUGUACCGAGGCCAAAAGUGCAGUUUACCGUGACCCGUCGAAGAAAGUCAAGUUCAGUCUUGGUGCCAGGCUGCGUGAAACGGGAGAGAUGUUCGUUGUGCCCGACUGCCACCACAAUAUGAGAAUCAGAGAGCUAAAAAACACCAUGGAAUUAGUGGUUGGGAUUCCCACAGACUUCCAGAGAGUAUGCUACCUGGAUAAUGGUGACCUAUGUGAUGACACCACUAUUCACUGUAAUGACAUCGUCCCUGGAACUACUGUCACCCUGAUGAUCUGGCCUUAUGAUGGAUGGGCUGAGCUUGUGAUCGCUGCAGCUACUGGCAAUGUAUUCAAGCUCAAGAGUGUGAUGUCCAAACCAGCACCGCCACGUUCCUCCCAUCUCAGUGCUAUGGGUUCUAUGAGUGGAGCUCCUUCCUGGCUCUCACACCGUCUCUUCUCUGCUCUGUUCAUCAGUGCCCACCGUGGACACAUGCCCGCUGUCCGCUUCCUGCUCCAACAAGGGGCCAACGUUAAGGGCCAGACUCCCCUGGGGCGCGGGGCCCUCCACGCGGCAGCCGCCCAGGGCCAGUUGCAGUCCAUCCAGGAGCUACUGGUGCGCGGCGCCCCACACCAACUGGAGGACGCUGAGGGCAUGACAGCUCUGAGAACCGCCAUGCGCUGGGACCAGAGGAAGAGCACCCGGCAGCUCUUCCUCUUCCACUGGCAGGAGCGUGCGCAGGGCGUGCGCCUCAAGCCUCACCUGGAUGAGACAGAGCUGUUCGCCCACCAGAAACAUGACUCCCAACUAUGCACCUGGCACCGUGGUGCCCACGCUCAGAGAUACAUGGCCCACCUGAGGUGCUGUAGCCGUGGGGUGGAGGGCAUGGUGGAAGUGAGGCAGCUGGGGCCGCCGCAGAACACGGCCAUGAGGGCCCAGGCAAGGAGGGCGUGGAUGGGGGAUGCGUGACCAGAGCUGCAUGUCAAGAACAGGGCAGAUGGCCAAGAGCCUGGUCCUGGAGAGCCGUGCACACAGGAUUUUAUUCCAGCCCAGCACCAACACACCAGUUCCUAACUACUCUGGAUUGAAUCGCAUGAGCAGUCGGGUCAUUUGAAUCAGAUGUGGUAGUGUUGUGGUAGUGUCAGCCUCCAGUAUUUAUGCUGCAGUAGUUUAUGUGUCGGGGGGCUGG